AUAAUUUUCUUCAAGUCGCCGAAUAAAAUUGUGCUUUUUACUAUUUAUGAAUUUUCAUUAAAUUUUCCUGAUCAAUUAUUUGGAAAAUUGAGUAAAACUUUUUCCAAAAAUAAAUGACGAUCAAAAGUUAAUGAAAUUGUGAAUAAAAUGAGUGGCAGCAAAGAAGAAAAAGAUGUCAAAAACAAAUUAAUUUUGCAAAAACAAGCCUUAGACUCCGCCAAUGCAGUAAAUUCCAAAAACAAAAAUACAGGCAAUGUUGGCACCAGUCAUGGUAUCGAUGAUUUAGUACAAUAUGUAACACUCUAUGCACGGAAUCCCAUAAUUUUAAGUAUUGUCGUGCUACCCUUUACACUUCUGUAUCUGGGAGCAUUUUAUUUAUGGAUAGCGGUCUAUGGUGUAGAAGAAUAUUAUGAAGCCGGUCUUGUGGCUAUUGCAGCCAUAGCAUUUGUUCAUGUUUUGACGCUGCUUUGCUGCUAUUGGAGUGUUCAUGUUUUGGCGUUUCUGAACUGUCGCAAGGUCAAAGUUCCGAAAGUGGGUGUUCUGGCUAAAGUGGUGCCGACAGCCAAUAAUGGCUCAUCCGAAAUGGUAAAUAUUAGAAGGACGACAUUAGAGGAUGGCCGAGAAAUGUAUUAUUUUCUGUUUCAAAAAACCAAAUACGUUUGGGAUGAAGAGAAAGCUACCUUUAGAGGAAUUGAGUUUCCAAUCAAUGAACUUUUGCAGCAUUAUUCAAAGUCACGUGGUCUUGAGACGGAGGCUGCGAUUACAUUGGCUGAAAAGACGUAUGGUAACAAUCAAAUGGAGAUGGUUGUACCAGAAUUUUUCGAAUUGUUUAUAGAGAGAGCUACUGCUCCAUUUUUUGUAUUUCAAAUAUUUUCUGUCGGUCUUUGGUGCCUGGACGAAUACUGGUAUUAUUCUUUAUUCACACUCUGCAUGUUAAUUGUAUUCGAAUGUACGUUGGUGCAACAGCAGUUGCGUAAUAUGUCCGAAAUUCGUAAAAUGGGAAAUAAGCCGUAUUUGAUAAAUGUUUUUCGUCAGAAUAAGUGGAGACAAAUGGUAUCAGAUCAGUUGUUACCCGGUGAUUUAGUUUCAAUAACCAGAUCUCAAAAUGACAAUAUUGUCCCUUGCGAUUUGGUUUUGUUGCGUGGAAGUUGUAUCGUAGAUGAGAGUAUGCUAACAGGCGAAUCAGUACCACAAAUGAAAGAGUCAUUAGAAUCACUUGAUAAUCUAAACACUGAACUCGAUGUUGACGGCGAGGGCAAACUUUUCGUUUUGUUUGGUGGCACAAAAGUGGUUCAACAUACAGCACCUACUAAAGACGCAAUGCGUGCACCAGAUGGAGGUUGUAUUGGCUACGUAAUUCGUACCGGUUUCAAUACAUCCCAAGGCAAAUUAUUGCGAACAAUUUUGUUUGGUGUCAAGCGUGUAACGGAAAAUAAUUUAGAAACAUUUGCAUUCAUUGUAUUCCUCAUGAUAUUCGCUAUUGCUGCCGCUUCCUAUGUUUGGAUUAAAGGCAGCGAAGAUCCUGAGCGUAAUCGUUACAAACUAUUUUUGGAGUGUACAUUGAUUUUGACAUCCAUCAUACCCCCUGAUUUACCAAUUGAAUUAACAUUGGCCGUAAACACUUCGCUAAUGCAACUAUCAAAGUUAUUUGUUUUCUGUACGGAACCUUUCCGUAUUCCUUUUGCUGGCAAAGUACAAAUCUGUUGUUUCGAUAAAACUGGCACCCUGACAUCAGACAAUUUGAUGGUGGAAGGCGUGGCGGGACUAACUGCUGAAGGGGCAAUCAUACCAAUGGAAAAAGCUGAAGACAGUACUAUUCAAGUUUUGGCCACUUGCCAUUCAUUGGUAAUGCUUGAAGACGGUUUGGUUGGAGAUCCUCUGGAAAAGGCAACUCUAACUGCUGUCGAUUGGAAUCUUACAAAACAAGAAAGUGUAAUACCAAAAAGGGGCAAAUUGAAACCACUGCGCAUCUAUCAACGUUUCUACUUUUCUUCUGCUCUUAAACGCAUGUCUGUUUUGGCUGGCUAUUUGUCGCCUUUCGGUAAUGAGGUCAAUUACAUUGGAACAGUUAAGGGAGCACCAGAAGUUUUAAUAAAAAUGUUGAAAAAUGUACCAGAAAAUUAUGAAAAGACCUUCCUAGAGUAUUCUCGUCGCGGAGCACGUGUUUUAGCUUUAGGUAUUAAAGAAUUCGGUAAUUUGAGCAACCAACAAGUACGCGAACUUAAACGAGAAGAUGUCGAAUGUGAUCUUACUUUUGCUGGUUUUGUUAUAAUAUCCUGCCCCAUGAAACCAGAUUCUAAGAGUGUCAUCAAAGAACUUAUACAAGCAUCACAUAAGGUGGUCAUGAUUACUGGCGACAAUCCUUUGACCGCUUGUCAUGUUGCCAAAGAAUUGCGUUUCACAAGAAAGAAGCUGCUCGUACUUUCCGCAUCUCAAAAGAAUGCUGGAGAAUGGCAAUGGGUUUCUAUUGACGGCGAAAAUGUUUUUGACUUGGAAUUUGACUCCCUAAAUGAUUUUGAUCUAUGUAUAACCGGUGAAGGUCUACAAUAUCUAAAGGAACAUCAGCAUAAGUAUAUGUUAAAAAUUCUACCGCGUGUUACAGUCUGCGCUCGUUUUGCUCCCAAGCAGAAGGAAUAUGUUAUUACCACGCUUAAGCAUCUCGGCUAUUGUACUCUUAUGUGUGGUGACGGUACAAACGAUGUGGGUGCUUUGAAACAUGCAAAUGUUGGAGUCUCGUUGCUUUCUGGUGUACCAACAAAGCGAAAUACCAACACUGCCCUUACGGCUACUGGUACUGUUGAAAAUGCUGCUACCCCAACUAAUGUUGCUGCAGCUACUGCCAAUCAACGGUUAGGUGGUCGUAAUGCUCCAACUUCACUGGCUAAUCGACCACAAAAUCAAGCAUUAUCACCACGUGAGCGUGCCCUACAACAGAGGCGAGAACAAAUUGCCCAAACUCAAGCGCGAUUACAAACAGUGUUAAGAGAAAUUGAUGAGGAACAAGUGUCGGUUGUAAAAUUGGGAGAUGCUAGUAUUGCAGCACCAUUUACUAGCAAAUCUUCAUCGAUUAUGUGUGUUAACCAUAUCAUAAAACAGGGACGUUGUACUUUAGUUACGACAUUGCAAAUGUUUAAAAUUUUGGCUUUAAAUGCUCUCAUUUCUGCAUAUUGUCAAUCUGUACUCUACAUUGACGGCGUAAAAUUCAGUGACACUCAAGCCACACUGCAGGGUCUUUUUAUUGCAGCCUGUUUCCUUUUCAUUACACGUUCAAAACCUUUAAAAACCCUUUCGAAAACAGCACCCCUGCCAAAUAUUUUCAAUUUUUACACGGUCACAACAAUACUGUGCCAAUUUGCUGUUCACUUCACAGCAUUGUUUUACUUAACACAAGAGGCAACGGCCAGGGCACCACCAAGGGAAGGAAAAGUUAAAUUGUACAUUGACAUGGAUGCUGAAGAGAAACAAAAGUUUGAGCCGAAUAUUAUUAACAGCACUGUAUACAUAAUUUGUUUGGCAUUACAAGUGUCCACAUUUGCUGUUAACUACAAGGGUCAUCCGUUUAUGGAAAGUUUGCGAGAGAAUCGUUUACUUUUGUAUUCAAUUCUUGUGUCUACUGGCUUAGUGAUUAUGUUGGCCUUGGGUCUAUCGCCAGAUUUGACAAACACUUUUGAAAUUGUCGAUUUUCCAAGUGAUUUCCGCCAAAUACUGAUAUACGUUUUGUUAGCUGAUACCAUAGCAGCGUUUGUGGCUGAUAGAAUAUGUUCAUUCCUUUUUGGUGAAACCAGACGAAAAUCAAAAGUACUGAGUUGCUAAGAAAUCAUUCUAUUGUAUUUAUGCUCUUUAUCUCUAUCAAUCCAUUAGUUUUUGAAUUAUUUAUUUAAAUUAUGGAAUUUCUUUUUGUUUAUUAUCUUAGUAUAAUUUAUUCGCUUAUGCUUUUCCAAAGCUGUGAAAAUAAGUUUAUUUUAUUUCUCUUCUUGUUUGGAAUUUAAAUCUGUUUAUAAAUAUUUCUCUUUUAGUGAAUGGUGUUUCGUUUUUUUUGUUAUAAUUUAGUACUUCUGGCUCAUUAUCGUAAUUAACUUGCAUUCUUCUUAUACUGCAAUGUCGUAAAAGCUCAUCAUCUUAUUCAUUUAUAUAAAAAUAUGUUUGUUAUUUACGAGUAUUUUUCUUUUUUUACCAAAUGUAAAUGAUAUUUAAUUUUACAAAUAAAAAAAUUAUA